AGCAAAUUGGGUGGAAAACUGGCUAUGGAUGUACGGAAAAUUAUUAAGUGCAUUUUUGGUGCCGAUUAUUAAAAGCGCUGCAACUAAAAUAAAUUACAAAUAGUGCAAAUAAACAGAAACAAAAUCGCAAACAAAAACAACAGCUCGCUAAUUGUGCGAGAGUGUGUGUGUCUGUGUCUGUUGCUGCUGCUGCCGGACCUUUAGCUAAAGAAGUAGCAAGAGCAGAGGAGCGGAGAGCAAGAGAUAAGAAGAAGAAGCAGCACUCCUAGUCGCAAAGAAAAGCCUUGCUGUUGCCAUAAUUACGGCAGCUUUGUGGGAGUUCAAGUUUAACAGCGCGCGCCUCUGUGUGUGCGUGUGUACGUGUGUGUGUGUGCAAGCAUUUUCAAUGUGUGCGUAACACCCCCAAAGGCGCUCUCUUUGGCACAAACUGUUGUAAAGUUACAACAACAACAACAAUAACAAUAACUGCUGGAAGCAGUAACAAGGGGAGAGAGAGACUGGACGUUCGCUGACUUGCCGUUUGUUUUGUGCGCACAUUCGCGUGCUUCUCUUUGUUUCGGCUGGUCGCUGCGUGUUUUCUUUUUUUUGUUUUUUUUUUUGUUAUUUUGUGUGCAACGCUUGCGGCGACAGCUUCGCUUUGUGGCCAUCAGCUGGAUACGGAUUUUGUGACGGCGGCGACACCAACAACGCCGAAGUGGAUGCACAUGCACGCGGUGGCCUGGGCAUUGCCCAGGACUUUGGCAUGGCCGGACCGGCCGCUGGUCCGCCGGCACAUAUGUACGGCGCCAUAGCGCAACAGGACAUAAUUGUCCGGGACAUGGUUCAAAUGCCGCCACCGCCACCCUCGAAUGCGCCCACCUCAGCGGAUGCCUGCCUGAGCAUUGUCCAUUCGCUGAUGUGCCAUCGGCAGGGCGGGGAGAGCGAGGGCUUUGCCAAGCGCGCCAUCGAGUCGCUCGUUAAGAAGCUAAAGGAGAAGCGCGACGAAUUGGAUUCGCUGAUAACGGCAAUUACCACUAACGGCGCCCAUCCAAGCAAAUGCGUCACCAUACAGCGCACGCUCGACGGCCGACUGCAGGUUGCCGGUCGCAAGGGCUUCCCUCAUGUGAUCUAUGCGCGCAUCUGGCGCUGGCCAGAUCUGCACAAGAACGAGCUAAAGCAUGUCAAAUACUGCGCCUUUGCUUUCGAUCUCAAGUGCGACUCGGUGUGCGUGAAUCCCUACCACUACGAGCGCGUCGUCUCGCCGGGCAUCGAUCUGUCCGGGCUGAGCCUGCAGUCGGGCCCCAGUCGCCUGGUCAAAGAUGAAUACUCAGCUGGCUCUCUGGUUGGCAGCAUGGACAUUGAUGGCAACGACAUUGGCACCAUACAACAUCAUCCCACGCAGAUGGUCGGCCCGGGUGGCUAUGGCUAUCCGCCACAGGGGCCCGGGCCCGGUGAGUACGUUCCCGAUGCUAAUCAAAUGAGUGCAAUGUUUGCUGCCGGGCGCGCAAUACCAAAAAUUGAGCCAACGGACAGUGCCGGGCCAGUGCGUAGUUCGUGGAUGUUGCGGCAUCCGCCGACGCCGUUGGGCCAGGCUGCCCAGCAGCAACAGCAGCAGCAGCAGCAGGCGGCGUCACAGCAGCAGCAGCCACAAACCCAAUCCCAGCCAGCGCCGCACACUCUUUCCGUACCUCAUGGCAUGCCGGGCAUGGGCGCCAUGAAUCCCGGCCCCGGUCCAGUUAUGGCGCCGCCACCCCCGCCCACACAAGCACAGAGCGCACAAGGCAAUGGCGUGCAUCAUGCCCAGGCCAGCUCACCCACAGAUCCUGCCACGCUGGCCAUGCAGCAACAGCAGCAGCAGCAACCACCGCCGGGUGGCGGGGGACCCAAUGGCCAGAGCGUUGCUAGCAAUUCGAGUGGAGCUGCUGGCAGCGCUGGUCAGUACUAUGGAGCGGGGCCAACAGGCGCUCAAAUGCAGAACGUGGGCAACGAUGUGGGCAAGUUUAGCGGCAACGCCAGCAGCGGCUCGGGACCAGCCACUGUGCAUGCCCAGCAACAGAAUGGCUAUGUGCCGCAGUCAAGCGGUCAGGGUACAGGCGCUAGCAGCUAUGGCUCAACUCAGACGCCGUCCGCACAGCAACAGGCAACAGCCGGUAGCCAGCCCAAUGCUGGUGGCGCUGUACAAGCCAGUGGUGGUGGUGGUGGUGCCGCAGGCACUUGGACCGGACCCAAUACACUUACCUACACACAGUCCAUGCAGCCGCCAGAUCCGCGCUCAUUGUCCGGUAGCUACUGGAACUCGCCGCUGCCCGGCGAUCUGGCCUCGCCGCAGCAGGCGCCUCCACAGCAGCAGCAACAGCAACAACAGCGCCUGCUCUCUCGCCAACCGGCGCCGGAAUAUUGGUGCUCCAUAGCAUAUUUUGAACUGGACACACAGGUGGGCGAGACAUUUAAAGUGCCCUCGGCUAAACCGAACGUCAUCAUAGACGGCUAUGUGGAUCCGUCGGGAGGAAAUCGUUUCUGUCUGGGCGCGCUCAGCAAUGUGCAUCGCACCGAGCAAUCGGAGCGUGCCAGACUGCAUAUAGGCAAGGGUGUGCAAUUGGAUCUGCGCGGCGAGGGUGAUGUCUGGCUGCGCUGCCUUAGCGAUAAUUCGGUGUUCGUACAAAGCUAUUAUCUGGAUCGCGAGGCGGGACGUACGCCGGGCGAUGCAGUGCACAAAAUAUACCCAGCCGCUUGCAUAAAAGUGUUCGACUUGCGUCAGUGCCAUCAGCAGAUGCAUUCGCUGGCCACCAAUGCACAGGCCGCUGCUGCAGCGCAAGCGGCUGCUGUCGCGGGUGUCUCCAACCAACAAAUGGGCGGCGGCGGCAGAAGCAUCACCGCUGCCGCUGGCAUUGGUGUGGAUGAUCUGCGUCGCCUGUGCAUAUUGCGGCUUAGCUUUGUGAAGGGCUGGGGACCUGAUUAUCCGCGUCAAUCCAUUAAAGAGACGCCCUGCUGGAUAGAAGUGCAUUUGCAUCGUGCACUGCAGCUGCUCGACGAGGUGCUGCAUGCUAUGCCCAUCGAUGGAGCCGCUGCCUAAAAAAAUCGCGCUUCCCAAACUGACCAUA